AUGGCCAAUCAAGAAGAGAACAAUCAGGUAGAGAACAAGCUGUUGAGAGACUAUGCUGCGCCAAGUGCUAGAGGCCUGAGAUCUAGUAUUAGAAGGCCUCCAAUUGAAGCAAAUAACUUUGAACUGAAGCCUGCUUUACUGAAUAUGAUCCAACAACAUCAGUUUGGAGGAGCACCUACGGAGCCUCUGCAGAUGCGAUCAGAUUGCGACUUUUCCAAAUCUUCAUAUGGAAGUGUUUCUGGAAUUCUGUGGUGCGCUCAUGAACAAAACCUUAGAGGAGGCAUUCGAUAUUAUCGAAAGCGUGGCAUUGAAUCAUCACCAAUGGGCGAUAGAGAGAGAGAAUCCUGUUCGAUUGGCAGCAUCAUCUGUGAGAUUUGUGGAGUGACAGGACAUUCAGCUAUGAAUUGCCAAAUAAUGGUCACGCAACCUACCGGAGCGCAGGUAGAACAAGUUGAUGCGAUAAAUAACUAUGCUCAAAAGCCAAACAACAAUCCGUAUUCAAAUACCUACAAUCCGGGAUGGAGAAAUCAUCCAAAUUUUUCCUACAGAAAUAGUCAAAAUCAAUCCGGGCAGAAUAAUUAUGGAGCGUCUGGAGGAUUUCAGCAAGAGAAGAAGUCUAACUUGGAAGUUAUGAUGGAAAACUUCAUUGCCACCCAAUCGAAACAAAAUGAUGAAUAUCGACAACACAUGGUGGAAUCUAAUCGGAAGCAUUCAGAGACAGCCGAAGCAAUCUCCCAGAUAUCCGGUCGCCGAUUCGCCCUCGAGAGUACCAGGGAGAUUUUCGGGAAGACCAUAAACAAAUCCUGUGGAGCAUUGAAGUUGUAUAUUAACAUUCCAUUCACAGAAGCCUUGCAGCAAAUGCCCACAUACUCAAAAUUUCUGAAAGACAUAUUGACAAACAAAAGGAAAAUUGAGGAGAGCGUAACGGUGGCACUGACGGAGGAAUGUAAUUUUAAACCUUCAGUUGAGAGACAGAGGAGGCUUAAUCCUAACAUGAAAGAAGUGGUCAAGAAAGAGGUUUUGAAAUUACUAGAUGCAGGAAUAAUUUAUCCAAUCUCUGAUAGUGAAUGGGUAAGUCCGGUUCAUGUUGUGCCAAAGAAAGGUGGGAUGACAGUAGUUAGAAAUUCAAAUAAUGAGUUGAUUCCCACUAGGACGGUUACGGGGUGGAGAAUGUGUAUUGACUAUCGGAAAUUAAACAAAGAAACUAGGAAAGAUCACUUCCCACUUCCAUUCAUUGAUCAGAUGUUAGAAAGGUUGGCAAAACACUCCUAUUUCUGUUUUCUAGAUGGGUAUUCUGGUUUUUAUCAAAUCCCUAUACAUCCAAAUGACCAGGAAAAAACCACGUUUACAUGUCCUUAUGGUACCUUUGCCUAUAGGAGAAUGCCUUUUGGUCUUUGCAAUGCACCAGCUACCUUUCAACGUUGUAUGAUGGCUAUUUUUUCUGAUAUGAUUGAGAAUAUUAUGGAAGUUUUUAUGGAUGAUUUUUCAGUCUAUGGUACUAACUUUGAUACUUGCUUGUCCAAUUUGGUUAAUGUUCUGCAGAGAUGCGAAGAAACAAACUUGGUUUUAAACUGGGAAAAAUGCCACUUUAUGGUAAGAGAAGGCAUUGUGCUAGGACAUUUGGUUUCAGAGCGAGGAAUUGAAGUAGACACGGCAAAGGUGGAAGUAAUUGAAAAUCUACCUCCACCGACAAACGUUAAGGGAGUGCGAAGUUUUUUAGGACAUGCAGGAUUCUACCGGCGUUUCAUCAAAGAUUUUUCAAAGAUCUCUAAACCUUUGACAAAUUUGUUAAUUAAGGAAACUGAAUUUCUUUUUGAUGAAAAUUGUUUGGAUGCUUUUUCCAGGUUGAAGGAAGCUUUGAUCUCAGCUCCGAUAAUGCAAGUUCCCGAUUGGACCUUACCUUUUGAAAUCAUGUGUGAUGCGAGUGACUAUGCAGUGGGAGCAGUCUUGGGACAAAGAAGAGACCGGAAGGUACAUGCGAUCUAUUAUGCUAGCCGAACUCUGGAUGAUGCUCAGAUGAACUACGCAACUACGGAGAAGGAACUCUUAGCAAUUGUUUUUGCCUUGGAUAAAUUCAGAUCAUACCUCGUUGGCUCUAAGGUUAUUGUUUACACAGAUCACGCGGCCAUAAGAUAUCUAUUGAGCAAAAAGGAUGCUAAGCCAAGGCUCAUAAGAUGGAUUCUUCUUUUGCAAGAAUUUGAUUUAGAAAUAAAGGAUAAGCAGGGAACUGAGAAUGUGGUAGCGGAUCACCUAUCAAGACUAUAUCAGGGACAGAGUGGGACCAAGGAGGAAGAUCUUCCAAUUGAUGACUGUUUUAUAGAUGAACAUCUCCUUGCUAUAAAAAGGAUUGAUUCUCCAUGGUACGCAGACUACGCAAAUUUUCUUGCUUGUGGAAUUUUACCUCAUCAGAUGAGUUACCAACAGAGAAAGAAGUUUUUUGGCGAUAUCAAGAGCUAUGUAUGGGAUGAUCCACUGCUUUUCAAGAAGUGUGCUGAUACUAUUUACAGGAGAUGUAUUGCCUCUCCGUAUCACCCCCAAACCAGUGGACAAGUGGAAGUAUCAAAUAGAGAAAUCAAAAGCAUUUUAGAGAAAACUGUGAAGCAUUCACGAACAGAUUGGUCAGAAAAAUUGGAUGACGCUCUAUGGGCAUAUCGGACAGCUUACAAGACUCCUAUUGGUAUGACGCCGUUUCGCUUGGUGUAUGGGAAAUCUUGUCAUCUUCCUGUAGAGUUGGAACACAAGGCUUUCUGGGCAAUACAAUUAUUGAAUUUCGAUCUAAAGAAUGCCGGAGAGAAAAGAAGGCUUCAGGUUGAUGAACUAGAAGAACUCCGACUUGACGCUUAUGAGCAUGCAAAAUCCUAUAAAGAAAGGACUAAGCGUUGGCAUGAUCAACACAUUAUGCGUAGGGAAUUCCAAGAGGGUGAUCUUGUAUUAUUGUUCAACUCUCGAUUGAAACUCUUUCCAGGAAAGCUUAAAUCCAGAUGGUCGGGUCCUUUUGAAGUGAAGAAAGUUUAUCCUUAUGGAGCUGUGGAUAUAUCGAAUGAAACCACCGGAGUCUUCAAAGUAACAGAGGAGAACACGGCCGUGCAAAUUUCAAACACGCCCGUGUUGGUUGCUGUCAGAUUCAUGGCGAAUACUAUUUUUGGGAGAGGGGACAGUGUUGGGGUAGCCAGGCUAAGUGAAUUGCAGUUUUUAUGGGCCAUGAUUAAUGAUGUUAAAAUUGAUUCUGGAGCUCACCUAGUUAGACAUUUUGUGAAAAUUGGGAAUAGCUCGACUGGAGUAAUUGUUAUUGGAGGACUUUUGACUAAGAUUGCAUUAGCUUUAGGGUGUGAGUUGGAUGGAUUGGAGACUUGCCCGGAUGUUAGGACCCAAGAUCUACCCACAGUAGGAGAGCCAUCUAUUCCACCGCAUGUACCGGUACCCCAGGUUUCUUCCUUCAUACCGGAGUCCCCUAGGACUAUUACUGAUGAUGUUUCUGCAGGACCUUCUGUUUUUGAUUUUUCAGGAUUCCGUACAUCGUUUGAGGAUUUCAGAGAAAAGCAUACUGCGGAUAGAAACAUGUGGGAGCAGUUUGCUCAUACUUCAGAGGAGCAUUAUGAGCGAGUUGACAGGUAUAUGGAAGGGGCUAACUGUUUUUUUUCUAAUACUGAGAAGUAUUUUGUAGUUGAGGCCGCUAGAAGAGAGCGUGAGGAAAAAUUUUGGCAAGAAGAAAGUGAAUUUCGUGCAGAGCAAAGGAGAAGAUGGCAAGAGGAAGAUGAUCGCAGAUCUUAG